AUGAGCAAUAUCAAAGCUAAAGUCCUCACCAUCUGGAACAGCAUGAGUUCGAAAAAGCGCGAUGCCUCGUCAUGGGGCGUCGGGGUCGAUGACUCUGAAGGACAGGCACAGGUCUCAACCAUCAACGAUCCGGUCUACUCUCAGCCCACGAGCGCGCCACCUCAACCUCAACGCCAACCGGGUUCUCGCAAGUCGUAUACAAGGCCCGCUACUGGCUCUGGAAGUGCCCCCGGUCGUGAUGACCCUGUCUACUCACAGGCGCCCAUCGGAGGCCCGGACGGUCAAGAAGGCCAGCCUACACCUACGAGCCGGAUCAACGACCCAGUAUAUGGUCAGCCUGUCGAGGCAGAGGCCAAGCCUCGUCAAAUAGCACCUGACCAGGGCAAAGGACAGGUAGACGCGGCGAACGACCCAGUCUAUUCGCAGCCUCAGCCUCGGCCUCGGCCUCAAGCGGCGAAAGCGACGGUCAAUGAUCCUGUGUAUGCACAACCUCAACCCGUACCAUCUGCCUCGGGCUCAGCCGAUCCAGGCCCAGGACAAGGCAAGAUCUCGGCAGCCGACGACCCGGUCUACUCACAUUCCGCCAGCCGCAGUGGCAGUGCACAACCCACGACCGUCGCAGACCCCGUGUAUGGACAACAGGUACCAUCUCUACCUUCGUCCGCGCCUAGUCAGCGCGCUCCCAGUCCAGGGCAAGGCACCAUCCCCCCUGCAGACGACCCAGUAUACUCGCAAUCUAGUGGUAAUAGCCCACAAACCAAGACCGUCGCCGAUCCCGUGUACGGACAACAGGUACCACCUCCAUCCGUAUCCGCGCCUGGUCAGCGCGCUCCACCCGGUCCAGAGAAAGCCAGCAUCGCCCCAGCAGACGACCCGGUAUACUCACAAUCCAGUGGUAGUCUUCUACAACCCAAUACUGUCGCGGACCCCGUGUACGGACAGCAGGUGCCACCUCCACCCACGCCUGAUCAACGUGCUCCCAACCCAGGGCAAGGCAGCAUCCCCGCGGCAGACGACCCAGUAUACUCGCAGUCGAUGUCCACACCAGCGAAGGACAGCAUCCCGCCAGCAGACGAUCCAGUCUACUCGCAAUCGACGGGGAGCACCGCCUCGAGCCGUCUCUCGCAGCUGACAUGGCAAAUCUCUCCACCGCAAAGCGAAAGCGUGGCACAACCCAACACAAAACGACCACGCAAGGCCAACAAGAAGAAAAACUCCUCCGACCUCUCAUCUUCUUUACCCGCCGACUACAGCGACAUCCUCAACCACCUCUCCACGCUCCGCCGGAUCGCACAAACACCCGACCUCACGUCGCGCGGCUACCAGCGCCAAAAGACCAGCGGCAAGCUGUGGUCGCGCGAACGCAUCGCGCAGCUCCUCGACCCGGACACGUGGCGCGAGGUCGGCUCCGUGACGGGCACGGUCGAGUGGGAGCGCGACGCCCACAACCCACAGCUCGAGCACGUGCGGGCCUUUACCCCGUCCAACAACCCGCAGGGGUUCGGGCGCGUGACGGACGUGGCCACAGGGGUCAAGCGCACCAUCUACCUGACCAGCGACGACUUCAGCAUCCGCAGCGGGCACGCGGACGGGUCCGUGGCCAUCAAGACGCUGUACGGCGAGAAGUUGGCCCUCCGGUUGAAAACACCGGUGGUCAAGCUGGUCGACGGCUCCUCCGGCGGCGGGAGCGUCAGCACCAUCAUGACGAACGGGUACAGCUACAUGCCGCAUGUGACCAUCCUCAGGACUGUCGUGAAGCAACUCAACAUGGGCAUCCCCAAUUUAGGCGCUGUGCUGGGGCCGGCCAUCGGUCUGGGCGCCGCGCGCGUCGUGAGCACGCAUUUCAGCGUCAUGGCCGGCGACAUUGGGAGCUUGUUCAACGCUGGUCCCAAAGUCGUCGAGGGCGCCACGUUCGAGGAGGGUCUCUCGUUCGCGGACCUCGGCGGGCCAAACGUGCACUGCACCAACGGGACGAUCGACAACUUGGCGGCCAACGAGGAGGGGUGUUUCCGCCAGAUUAGGACCGUGCUGGGCUACUUGCCGCGGUGUGGCCAGUUCGAGGCGCCCCCCUGCGUGUUGCCGUGCGCGGAUCCGGUGGACCGCGAGGAUGUGGGACUCAGGUCCGUCGUCCCGCGCAAGAAGAGCAGGUCGUAUAAUCCAUACACCAUCAUCGAGUCGGUCGUCGACAGGGGCUCGUGGUUCGAGAUUGGUGGCCUUUGGGGACGGACUGGCAUUACGGGCCUCGCCAGGCUGGGUGGGCGGCCUGUUGGCAUUUUGAGUCUCAAUUGCGAGGUCAACAGUGGGGCGUUGGACGCCAUGGGAAGCCAGAAGUUGAUGAAGAUGUUGAAGUUUUGCGAUGUGUUCAAUCUGCCGGUUGUGCAAUUUGUGGAUGUUCCCGGCUACGCUAUUGGCACCGUCGCCGAACGCACGGCCACCAUGAAAUGGGGCGUCGAACUUGGCAAGGCGUACUACAGCACCACGACGCCCAUCUUCAGCGUCAUCACUCGGCGCGUGUACGGCGUGGCCGGCGGAAUUAUGCUCGACAGCCGCGAGCCGUGGAUGCGCGUUGCUUGGCCGUCGGGGAACUGGGGCUCGUUGCCUCUUGACGGGGGCAUCGAGGUCGGGCAUCGCCAUGAGCUGAAGCAGAUUGGGGAGAAAGAGGGCCCCGAGGCCGUCAAGAGACGGUACAAGGAGUUGGAGGACGAGUAUAUCCGGUUGAUGAACCCGGUGAGGACCGCCACGGUCUUCAAUGUCGAGGAGAUUGUCGACCCAAAGGACACGCGGAGCAUUUGCUGCCGGUGGGUCAAGCAGAUGUACGGCCUGCCGAUGAAAGAGAGGUUGGCGGAUCGCGCGAGUGGAAAGAUCCAUGCUGUCUUUACCUGA